UCGGCGGCAGCGGCGGCGGCGGCGGCGGCGGAACCGCGGCCACAGAGUCUGCAACAGUAACCGAGCCAUGGCUGGAGCUGGCCAGCGGCGCGGGCAAGCAGCAGCCGCGGAAGACGCGCGGACUGCGUCAGGGGAGCCGGGGGCCUCAGAAUUCUAAGAAGGAGAGGGGCGAGAGGGGCCCAGGGGCGGGCGGGCUGGGGGCGCCGCGCUCGCCCAACGGCACGGAUCCUUUUUGGAAAUUAAUAUUUAAAAAAAAGCCGAGGACGCAGAGGGGAAGGUGGGGGCAAGAGGGAAGGCGAGACACACAGAGAGGGAGACAGAACCCCACAGUGAGAGGAAGGAAGGAAGGCAGGCAACAGUCGCCGGCAGCCGAUGUGAAGACCGGACUGCGUGCGCCCUUCGCCGCCUCUGCACGGCCUCAUCGAUGUUGUGUCCGUCGCCCGCUCGCCCGGAUCACGAUGAACGCGCAGCUGACCAUGGAGGCGAUCGGCGAGCUGCACGGGGUGAGCCAUGAGCCGGUGCCCGCUCCUGCCGACCUCCUGGGCGGCAGUCCCCACGCGCGAAGCUCCGUGGCGCACCGUGGCAGCCACCUGCCUCCCGCGCACCCGCGUUCCAUGGGCAUGGCGUCCUUGCUGGACGGCGGUGGCGGCGGCGGCGAUUACCACCACCACCACCGGGCCCCCGAGCACAGCCUGGCCGGCCCCCUGCACCCGACCAUGACCAUGGCCUGCGAGACUCCCCCAGGUAUGAGCAUGCCCACCACCUACACCACCUUAACCCCUCUGCAGCCGCUGCCGCCCAUCUCCACCGUUUCGGACAAGUUCCCUCACCAUCACCACCACCACCAUCACCACCACCACCCGCACCACCACCAGCGCCUGGCGGGCAAUGUGAGCGGUAGCUUCACGCUCAUGCGGGACGAGCGCGGGCUGGCCUCCAUGAAUAACCUCUAUACCCCGUACCACAAGGACGUGGCCGGCAUGGGCCAGAGCCUCUCGCCCCUCUCCAGCUCCGGUCUCGGCGGCAUCCACAACUCCCAGCAAGGGCUCCCUCACUAUGCCCACCCGGGCGCCGCCAUGCCCACUGACAAGAUGCUCACCCCGAACGGUUUUGAAGCCCAUCACCCGGCCAUGCUCGGCCGCCACGGCGAGCAGCACCUCACGCCCACCUCUGCCGGCAUGGUGCCCAUCAACGGCCUUCCUCCGCACCACCCCCACGCCCACCUGAACGCCCAAGGCCACGGGCAGCUCCUGGGCACAGCCCGGGAGCCCAACCCUGCGGUGACCGGCGCACAGGUCAGCAAUGGAAGUAAUUCAGGGCAGAUGGAAGAGAUCAAUACCAAAGAGGUGGCGCAGCGUAUCACCACCGAGCUCAAGCGCUACAGCAUCCCACAGGCCAUCUUCGCGCAAAGGGUGCUCUGCCGCUCCCAAGGGACCCUCUCGGACCUGCUGCGCAACCCCAAACCCUGGAGCAAACUCAAGUCCGGCCGGGAGACCUUCCGGAGGAUGUGGAAGUGGCUGCAAGAGCCGGAGUUCCAGCGGAUGUCUGCGCUCCGCUUAGCAGCAUGCAAAAGGAAAGAACAAGAACAUGGGAAGGAUAGAGGCAACACACCCAAAAAGCCCAGGUUGGUCUUCACAGAUGUCCAGCGUCGAACUCUACAUGCAAUAUUCAAGGAAAAUAAGCGCCCAUCCAAAGAAUUGCAAAUCACUAUUUCCCAGCAGCUGGGGUUGGAGCUGAGCACCGUCAGCAAUUUCUUCAUGAAUGCGAGGAGGAGGAGUCUGGACAAGUGGCAGGACGAGGGCAGCUCCAAUUCAGGCAACUCAUCUUCUUCAUCAAGCACUUGUACCAAAGCAUGAAGGAAUAACCACAAACUAAACCUCGGUGGAAAAGCUUUAAAUAAAAAAAAAUUUUUAAAAGACCAGGACCUCAAGAUAGCAGGUUUAUACUUAGAAAUAUUUGAAGAAAAAAAAAAUGUUAUUUAUAGUCCAAAGAAACCAAAGACUUAGCUCACCUGCAUUCUGACUUUGUUCGGAGACACACACUUCAGCGGGGCAACGACUCGGCAAGAAAAACCAUGAGCAGGAAAGCACCACUGGAUCUCACACCUUCAAUCCAUGAUCAUUCUCUCUGUGCUUGGCUGUUUUGUGGUUUGGAGCAUAGUGAUUUUGAGCCAAUCAGUGGACCUCUCUUAAGACCAGACUUUCUCAUCUGUUCCACCAUGCCUCGAAGGUGUAUGGUGUCUCAGUACUGUGUGUGGGUACGUGAGUGCAUACACACAUACACACACACACAUACACACAUGCACACACCACCAGUGGUUAGGGACUUAGGCAGGGCUGGUCUUCAGGAAGGGUUGUGCUAUAGGGGUGCAACCAACAUAGUGUGGGGUUGUCUGAGUUCAUUGGAUAGGAGUGUGAUUUCGCUCGUCUAGCCUAGCGUUUGAACCUGCCAGGCCCGCAACCUAAAUGCAGAUUCAAACCCAGCAAAGAAAAUUUGAAUGACACCUAAACCAGUGCAUUCUCUUUGUUUGUUAAGGAAUGUUCAGAUAUUUUUUAAGAAAUGAAACAAGAGUCCAUCCAUUAAAAAAAAAAAUCACCUAGGUACCAAAGAACACACUUAAUAUUAUAGUGCAGGUAUUUUAUUGCAAUGAUUUUAAUAACCAAAGCUAUUUUUACACAAGAUACUAUGUAAAGUUAUACGUAUGAACUGAUCUAGCUGUAAUACACAUGCCACAUAGGAUCAUGACUAUUAUUUAUGACUCUUGACACAUUUGAAAUAUUAGUUUUCAGAACUGGCAAGAAAGAAUGUAGCUUCAGGGAAGCAAUUAAUAUCAUAAGAGAGAGGUCAGUGUAGUGGACAGGUACAGCCAGAUGGCACACUCCCUUGCGGGAUCCAUAAAUGACACUUAAGUAGACACGUAGACAUGAUGCCAUAAUCUAUUUAUAGCUGAGAAAACCUGGGGAUUCUUCCAUAGUAGGACCCCAUUUGUAAAUUAGAAAACUAAGUUUAGCAGAGCAAGUAAUUAAAUUAGAAAAUUUGUUCUAAGUAAUGCUUUUUUAGUAGAAGAUCACUGAAUAAAGGAUAUCAUACUUAGGUUAAUUUGACUUAAAUUUGCUUUAUGC